CAUGCUACCUUCCUAGAGAAAAAACAAAACAAAACAAAACAAAACACCCACGCGCAUCCUUCUCCUCCUCGCUUUCGCUCCCACGGGUUUAUUUCGGGGAGCUUUUGUUUUUUCCAGUUGGGAAACCUACACGGGGUUUCCUCGUGGGGCGGGACAGCUGGUCUGCACGCCGCCGGGCUGGCGCAUCUCUUCUCCGCAUCGCCUCUCCUCUAACCAACUCUCUCCAACUUUCCCUCCCCGACUCCAGCGGGGGCGCCCCCGGGCCACCGGCUGCGGCAGGCAGGCGCGACCCAGAUCCGCACCCCCCCCCCCUCCUCCCACAGAGCCCGGCGAAGCGGAGUAGCGGGCAGCGCCGGGAGUCCACUCCGCUGCCCACGCCCGCCACCCUCCGUCCGGGUGCUCAGCCGGGCUCUCCUCGGGGGCUCCCCUGCCUCUGCGCCCAAUCCCGGACACACACCGGGACGUGUCCUCGCACCCUCUGCCUCUCGGGGACAGCUCUGCACAAAUCCUCCAAAUUCUCGCCCCUUCCUUUGCUCACGCUUGCGACCACCACUCUCCUACUCCCCUUCUUCCCUUCCCCCAGUACAACCCCCAGCAGAGGGUGGGGGUGUGGGGGGGAGAGACCAGCCUCAGGCCGCUGAGGGUCUCCGUCACCACCAGCUGUCCUAAUUCACGCUCAUUCACAUUCAUUCUCAUUCUCUGCCUCCCUCCCAAUCCCCUCUCCAAAGACUCCUAACAAGACAGACCGACCCUCAGUGGCACUCCCUUCCAUUCACCCCCUCCCUGCCACCACCACUCACACACACAAACGCACACCCCCGCGCGCGCAGACGCGCGCGUGCACACACACACACACACACACUCACACACACACACAAACGCAGCCCACUCCACUUUUCAGACGCCCACCCCCUACAGACUCCCCUCCCCGCAAACAGACUUCCACCCACUCACCAUCUGCAUCCUCCCUUCCGCCCCCCGCCCCGCCCGCCGGGCUCUCCCCCUCCCCAAGAAGCAGCCGUGCACGGUGGGAGGCAGGGACCCCCGGCAGACGGUGGGGUCGCGCGCGCCGGUCCCGACCUCGGCCGGCCCGGGAAACUAACAAAGGCGCUAGCCGGAGCUCCGAGCCGUUCCUCCCGCACGGCCGUGGAAGCGCCGGGCGCCGCGCGGGCGAGCGGGUGGUGCCUGCCGGGCCGGACCCGUGCUGGGCAGCGAAGGGGGCCGCGGCCCCUCGGAACGCGGAUCUGUCGGAGCCGCCCGCCGGCACCAUGGGCUGCUGCACCGGGCGCUGCUCGCUCAUCUGCCUCUGCGCGCUGCAGCUGCUCUCGGCCUUGGAGAGGCAGAUCUUUGACUUCCUUGGCUUUCAGUGGGCACCUAUUCUUGGAAAUUUUCUGCAUAUAAUAGUUGUCAUAUUGGGUUUAUUUGGAACCAUUCAGUACAGGCCUCGUUAUAUUGUAGUGUAUACUGUAUGGACUGCCCUCUGGGUCACCUGGAAUGUGUUCAUUAUCUGCUUUUAUCUGGAAGUAGGUGGACUUUCUAAGGAUACAGAUUUAAUGACAUUCAACAUUUCUGUACACCGGUCGUGGUGGAGGGAACAUGGGCCUGGCUGUGUCCGAAGAGUGCUGCCUCCAUCGGCUCAUGGCAUGAUGGAUGACUACACAUAUGUGUCUGUCACAGACUGCUUCAUAGACUUCCAGUACCUGGAGGUCAUUCACAGUGCUGUCCAAAUACUACUCUCAUUGGUUGGUUUUGUGUAUGCCUGUUAUGUGAUCAGUAUUUUCAUGGACGAAGAAGACACCUUUGAUUUCAUAGGUGGACUUGAUGCACACUCCUACUUCCAAGAUCAUGUUGAGUUAAAGCCUGUAAACCUGUCGAAGUAAAUAAUGAUCUAAAAUACUGCUGCUGAUCUUGAUAUAGAAGCAAGGCAUCAUCAACAGACCCUCUUUGCAUCAACCAGGUAUCACAUCUCAACUCUUCCAGAGAGAAUGAACUAUACCUCCCUGAUUUCCCAUGAAUAAUGGAACUCUUCAAAGUCACAGCCUAUGUAUCGUUAUCAUUAUUCACUAGAUGAGUUGUAAGUGUUUGGCUGGGUAUUUUUAAGACAUUGUGUUCUUAUAUGAAUAUUUGUAAAUUCUUUUUAAUUUUAUGAGAUUAAUGUUAGGCAUGCAAAAAUGAAAAAUCCUGUGAAAACCUACAGUUAAUUCUAAGAGAAAUAUUGGUGUGUAUGACUGAGAUAUGAAGUAAGAAUAGGUCACUGGUGCAACUGUUCUAGGCCUGACAGAGUUUGAACUUGCAGAUAUUACCAAUGUUACUAGACAUGGAAUUAGAUACUAUGAUAACUGAUAAAUGGGUACAAAGAACAGAUCGGCUUUCAGACUAAUUGUAGAACACUUUUUUUAAUUCCACACAAUAAAAACAUGGGGUCUCCCUUUGCUCUUGA